AAGAUAAUAAACAAAAGUCUUAAUCCCUUUAUUGAAGAACUGUGCAAUAGUCAUUAGCUCGCCUAUUCCCCUGAGAAUAUUGCUAUGUCAACAAAUUAAGGAUCGAAAGUUGAUAAUUUAUUCAUAACGUUUCUAAGGCUGUCGGAUUUGUUGACUAGUGCAUUAUUAAGAGUCAAUUACUUUGUGUGUUUAAGAAGCCUGCUGACAGCAACACUGAAGUCAUCAAUAUCUAAACGAAAGCAAGCUACCAAGAUUCCCUUAAAAGUUGAAACCUUAGCAAGAGACAGAUCUGCCCAAGCUGGUCUUAAUAAAGGAUAUUUAGGAAUGAACAAUUGAAAGUUCAGUGACAGAGUGAAGAUAAUGGACCUACAUGUAUGGUUGUUGUAUUGAGUGUUCCAGACAAAAGAAGCAAACAGAAAACCUACCCACUGCCAGGUUCAAGUUUCCUUUACCAAAAUUCUCAAGACAAAUUCCACAGAGCUCAGUCAGGAAAUAAUCCCUAUCUAGUGCUAAUGCCACAUAUGUAAUUAUACAGAAAAUGAAGAAUCAAACUUUGAUACUUGUCAAAGAGCUUAAGAAAAAACCAUGAGGAACAGUUUACCAAGAUCUGAACUUGACAAAUAUACAACUGGUGGUAAAGAUCCAAACUAUAUAGUAAGAUCAUGGGCAUCCAAACUUGGUACAGUCACACAGGGGCACAAGCUCCCCAAAUACACCUAUCGCAGCAAAUGGCUUCAGACACUCAAUCAGGUGGAACUCAUGCAAAAUGUUGAAGUGCAACAGACACUUAGAAAUGUGAUGAGCAUACUGAAAGCUGGGGAUGAAAGCAUGCAAGAUUCUGAUAGUGCUUAUGAAUUUGCAGAAAAGAGGAGGAUUGAGAAAUGCCAUGAGACUGUAUGCAAGAUUAGAAGUUACAGUAAAAGGAGUGAAAAAUUGUCAAUGCCAGAAGUUGAGGGUAUAAACAAAAACGGCCCUCAAUCUAAAACUCUAUCAGAAAACAGAGCCAAAACAAGAAAGAGUCAGAGGUUAAAAGUGCAUCCCUCUCCAGACAAAGAAUUGGAUGUUGCCAAGGUCAACAGAAAGUUUGCAAAAAUUGCAAAAAUUGAAAAAGGUUAUGAGAGCUUCCCAAGAGAAAGCACACUGACGAGUGAGAAACUUUUCAUAGAUCAAGAAAAAAGCCCAGAUGAUAAAAAAGUACUGUUACCUCCAAUUCCUGAAGUAAGUCCAGAAAAUUCACUUCAAAAAAAGGGGAAGGAUUCUUGCCAUUACUCACUACCAACACUUGAUACUGAAAGUAAAUUUUGUAUUAUAAAACGUGCCAAAGAACUCCGCAAUGAGCGUGAUUUGAAAAUAAGAAACCAAAGCCUCACAACAAUGUCAUCAGAGAUACAUAGAAAAUACUCAAAAGCAAGAAAAAUAUCUCUAAAGAACUAUCGAGAUCAGAAGAUAGAAAUUUUUGGUGAUAACAGGAAACUUCUCAAUGUAGAAUCCAAAGUUGAUGUGGAAGACAAACUGACUACACUGCCUUUGUUAGACAGUAAGUCUUUCAGUGAAAUUGACUGUAAUGAUUAUCUGGAUCUAACCAAUCGCAUAGAUAGUCUCUCGCCCACACCAGCUGUUCUAGAUCAUAAAUUGUACUGGUCUUUAGCUACCAAACCUCGAGCUCGAGAUAAGUAAUGUAAACAAAAUUUGGUGUUUAAACAGUUGUUGUGCAAAAUUAAGUUACAGAAUGUACAUGUCAUCACAGGUCAUUGUAACAAAUUUUAAAUGACAUCUAAAUCUUGCAUCUGAUUUGUAUAAAAAUGUAUAGAAGCAGGAAGGGAAAAUUUUGAAUAAAGAACAGCUAUGAUUGGA